AUGGGGCCCCCGGGCAAUAGGGGAUCAUGGGGCCCCUGUGUCCUUGUCCAAACUCAAAAAAGCCUAUGAAAAAGGUACCAGGGGCAUCUCAUGGGGCCCCUACUGAUCCCAGGCCCUCGGGCAGUGCCUGAGUUUCCAAAUGGUCAGUCCACCCCAGGUUGGAAGAUGUCCCAGCAUCUGUUAUACUCAUGGGGUUGACUGACAACUCAUGGGGCCCCCGGGCAAUAGGGGAUCAUGUGGCCCCUGUGUCCUUGCCCAAACUCAAAAAAGCCUAUGAAAAAGGUACCAGGGGCAUCUCAUGGGGCCCCCUAAUGACCCCGGGCCCUCGGGCAGUGCCCGAGUUUAAAAAUGGUCAGUCCGCCCCU